AUGUGGAUGAUGAUGUCGGUGGAGCUGGAGCCCCUGGAGCUGCUGGUGGCCGACGAGGGCAAGGCCAAAGGAGGCUCCCUGGACCGCGCCAAUGUGGAAGUGGCCAAGCGCGUGGAGAGCCUCAUGUCCUCCCCGGUGUCCAGCGGCCUCAACGGGGACCUGGGCCACGACCAGCGCGUUCUCGAGCUCCUGCAAAUCUCCAACAACCUGGAGGGCCACUGGCGGCUGCUGCCCGAUGGCACACCCGUGGGCUUCAUCCAGGGCAAGACGCUGGUUUGGGAUAGCAGCUACGAGGUGUCAGACCCGUGCCCACUGCAAACCCUUGGCAAAGGCGUGAUGAUGGUCUUGCACGGCAAGACCUUCCACGGCACCAUAGCGAUGUCAGGCGGGUCGCCGGUGAUCCGGUGGAGCGACGGGGAGGUGUGGUACAAGGCUCGGGAGUCCGAGUGCUGCCUGCCGGGGCUUAUGGAUCGGACCAAAAUUUGGCGGCGGCAUUGGGCGCAACGGGUGAAGAAGCCCGUGGACGUGCCGUACAACACUGGGUGCUGCCUCACGAUCUCGGGCCUGGCCUUUCAGACGAACCGGGCCUGCGACAACUGCGACCGCUCCAUCGAGGAGCAGAGCUGGUUCGCCUGCGCCGAGGGCUGCGAGGUGGACUUCUGCGUGCGCUGCCACGAGCGCCUGCAGCAGCUCUUCGAGGGCCGCGACCUCCGGCGCGCCCUCUGGGCCGCCGAGUUUUUGGCGCGCGGCGCGCGGGCGCUGCUGGCGGCGCCCCAGGCAGCGCGCCAGGCCUUCGUGGAAAUCCUCGCCUUCGAGUGGCCUCUGCAGAUGUUCCAGGACUUGGUGCGUGCUGUGGUGGAUGUGGCUGAUGCAAAGGUGGUGCACAUUCAGGAUGCCACGGACAUGGAUGUGGCGGCGGACGUGGACUUCUGGCAUCUGCUGGGCCUGCUGCAGCUCCUGCGCUGCGCGAACCAGCUGCCCGCGCAGGAGCAGCGCUUCGGUGAGCUGACGAGACGGGGAUGCCGGGUGCCUGAGAGCGACUUCGUGCUGGGCGGCAUCGACAAGUGCGACGCCCAGGCAGAUUGGCUUCGCUGGAAGACCGGAGCGGGAAGCGCUGCCCCGGAGCAGCUGGUGCUGAAAGACAAGUUCCAGGUGGGCCCGGGCUUCACGGCGUUCCUGGCCCACGGCAGUCUGGUGCCGCCCUCCUUCCGCCAGCGCUGCCUGGAUGCGGACCUGGACGAGCUCAUCUCUAGGUCCAAGCCGUUGCAUUGCGCGGUGCCUCGAUCCCCGGCGCGGAAGCUGCGUGUGGCGGCGGUCACCGGGUUGCUGGCAGCCAAGGGCCGUUUGUUGGUGGCCCAUUUCGUGCGGGAGAGGGGCCGGGGCGCCGGGGUGGCCCGGGAGUUCCUGGCCAAGGCUGCGGAG